AGCGAGCUAGGGUGUCACUGGCCGGUGCGGGGUGUGCAACAGCAGCUCGGCUCAGGCAGCAGACGGCGGCCCGCGCCUCCGGUCCCAUCUACCGUUUUCCUCCGUUCAUUUCCAUUCCCCCUCUUCUCCUUUUUUGCUCAUUCCUUUCUUUUCCAUAGUCGGCUCGGAGAAAUGUCCGCCAGACCAGGAUUCUACCGGCAGGAGCUGAACAAGACUGUGUGGGAGGUUCCGGAGCGGUACCAGAACCUGACGCCGGUGGGCUCCGGAGCCUACGGCUCGGUGUGUUCAGCGUAUGAUGUUGUCUUACGGCAGAAGGUUGCGGUGAAGAAACUGUCCAGGCCUUUUCAGUCUCUGAUCCACAGCCGCCGUUCGUACCGGGAACUCAGGCUGCUCAAGCACAUGAAACAUGAGAAUGUAAUAGGGCUGCUGGAUGUCUUCACACCUGCUGCAACUUUAGAGGACUUCAAUGAACUCUACCUGGUGACUAACCUGAUGGGUGCAGACCUCAAUAACAUCGUUAAAUUUCAGAGGUUGUCAGACGAGCACGUGCAGUUCUUAAUUUACCAGCUUCUCCGCGGCCUCAAGUACAUCCAUUCAGCGGGAUUGAUCCACAGAGACCUCAAGCCAAGUAAUGUGGCAGUAAAUGAGGACUGCGAGCUGAGGAUCCUUGACUUUGGAUUGGCCAGGCAGACAGACGACGAGAUGACAGGGUACGUGGCGACUCGCUGGUAUCGAGCGCCGGAGAUCAUGCUGAACUGGAUGCACUACAAUCAGAAUGUUGAUAUUUGGUCAGUGGGAUGCAUUAUGGGAGAGCUGCUGAAGGGAAAAGUCCUUUUUCCUGGCACUGACUAUAUUGACCAGCUGAAGAGAAUCAUGGAGGUGGUUGGGACUCCGACACCUGAGCUAUUAAAGAAGAUCUGCUCUGAACAUGCGCAGAAGUAUAUCCAGUCUCUGCCCUUCAUGCCUCAACAGGACCUGGAAAAGAUCUUUAGAGGAGCAAAUCCACUAGCUGUCGAUCUACUGAAGCGCAUGCUGGUUCUGGACUGCGAUGGGAGGAUCUCGGCCAGCGAGGCUCUGUCCCACCCCUACUUCUCACAGUACCAUGAUCCAGAUGACGAGCCAGAGGCCCCGCCUUACGAUCAAACACUUGAGAGUAAAGACCGAACUCUAGAAGAAUGGAAAGAGUUGGUAUUCGAAGAGGUGAACAGCUUCAAAGCAUCCGGCAGCAAGACUGAUAGUCUUCAGGCAGAGCAGUAAGUCUCUUUCUGCUCUGCCUCAGCCUUUACCUUAAGAAGGACCACGUACUCAAUGAGUGGGAGAAGGACUGUGGCAAGCCAACUGAAGAAAACUCUGCAUUCCCUCUGCUCAGUGUGACUGUGUUUAAUUGCCUGUCAUGAGUUUAUUUGAGCAACAAGGCAGGACAGUCUCCACGGGAUCAGAUGCACACAUUGCAGUUACAGGGAGCAUUUUAGAGUCCGGAAAGUUGCUUCCUCUUAUGUCUUAGCUCAGUGAGAGUAAAAUGAGGAACCAUUCAAUUUGGUUAUGUCAGGGAUCUGCAGAGGACGUGAGGAUUCAUACCAGGGAGCAACUUUAUGGAACUGAACUGUGUUUACAGACUGAUAGAAAGGUAACAAAGGAAUAAAAAACGCACACUAGGAUUUCCAAAGCAACAACAGAGAGCCAUCUGGUCCCUCAUCAUGGCAAAUGCCAUAAGCAGUCGCUGCUUUCAUAUAUGGAAUUCAUGUUUAAAGGCUUGCAGCAAUGCCUCGUCAUGUCACAGAACAGCUUAGCAUUAAGCCUGCAGAAUACUGCAUGAUUUUUGUGCAUUUUAUUAUUACAGAAUAUUACUGGUGCUGUAUUAUAACCAUUAAGACUGCUUAUUGCAUCUGCCACACUGCUGUAAAAUCAGCCUGAGGGUCAGAGAGAGGCAUCACCAGGAAAGGUGACCAACUUUCAACCUUUCAAUUAUCUUUAUAAUUUCUGCACAGUAAAAAAAAAAAAAAUACAAAAGCAAACAAAACCUACUGUUCUUCCUUAGAUGAAAGUCAUCCUCUCCUGCUUACAGAAUAGUAAACACCAACUGUGCUAUUAAUUAGCAAGGUAAUUAAUAUAUGCCAAAGCUGGAACAGAGUGACUGUGCUGCAGGUCUGUGUUUACAGUGUGACCUCGCUUCUCACAUACAGUUUCCACUGAUGGCUGAUUACUGAUCACCUGUUGGCUUUGGCAGCGCUCCAUCAGGUUUCCAUGGUUUCCAUGCUGUGUCUUUUACAGCCCUGGUUUGUGUUUACAAUAAUUAAGAUUACGGGCAUUUUAUAAACUGUUAGAAACAGUUCCCAGAAGGUGUGUUACUAUGCUGGAUAAUAAUAUAUUACCCAACUUGUAUCCAUCCAAACAAUGACUGGUCAAACACUCCGGGCUGAUGAUUCCCAUAAAGCAGCCAUAUUUGGUUAAUUGUGAUCUUUCAUGUUUCCUCAGCUCUUUUCAGUUUUCAUGAUGCCUGAGUGUUAUAAGGAAACAAUCCAGAUUGUACACAUUAAUUAUUGACCAUAGUACAAAAGCACCAGGGAUGUUCUUUACCUCGAUUGUGGGUAUUUCAGUAAUGCUGCAGUUCAUAGCUUAUUGCAACAUUAUUUUAUACCCAUAUCAUCUUAAGGAACGCCCUCACAGGAAACAUUCGUAGAAGCAGCAUGAGCUCAGUGUAUAUGCAGAUUAUUACAUAAAAUGGCACACUUCCUCACUGACAUUGUGUCAUUGAUCUUGCAGCAGACUGAUCUUGCAGUUUUAGUUCUACAAACGUCUUGCUGAAGUAGAAACAAUCUGGUUGUGUCAAACCACAGUGUGCAAAGCCAAUGAACCACAGGUUUCCCAGAUUCAUACUGAAGGUCAGUGAAAAUGUCAAGAGAUAAAAGAGAACACUGAUAUUAUUAAGUCUAGUACUCUGAUACUAAAUGAAAAAAUACAGUCUUUCAUUGGGUAAUCAGAUAACUGUAUGAUCAAUUUAAUGGAAUAUACCGCCAUAUAUAUGGAUUUAUUAUCACACAAAAGAUGCAUUUGUCAAGGAUGGUGAUCCAGUUCCUCAAACCACCUCCAGUGUUGAGGUUUGCCCACAUUUCUGUCAAAGUUAAAUGCAUCAACCUACUGUACUUAAAUUAUGUCAGCUCCUGUUUAGUGCAGCACAGAAAUACUGGUAUAAUUACAGUAUGAGGGACUGUAUACUGUAUGGUUGGUACUUAAAAUAAGCUGAGGUUGAAUUAGCUGCAGAUAUAGAAUAAACAAUGGAACAAGAGGUAAAGUGGAGGGUUCAUAAGCCUGAAAGACUCAUAAAUCAGGAGCAGACAUCCAGUUUAUACCUGACUGCUGCACAUGUAUUCUUAAACUUAAUCUGCAUACUAUCUGGGAUAUAUUUUUUCUAGGUUAACUGACCUUCUAAUGCCAAGUAGCAGCACUAGUAGCUCUUUUGGUUAGCUAAAGAGCUACAAGCUAGCUCUGAUUUUAACCUAGCUAUCUAGCUCUGAUUUAAAUCAAAGUUAGCUAGAUUUUAACCUAGGUUUUAACCUAGAUUAAAAUCUGUUGUAUUUGAAUGUAGCUUAUAUAUUGGUGUUUUCCUUCAUAGUCAUGCAAGUUAAACUGUGGUUCUUUGGCAUAACCCACUCUAGUUUAACUCAACCAAUGAGAUUAUUUCUGUGUCAAAGAAACAUUAGUACAACUAAAACAUAAAUGUACCAUUUUUGAGUAACACAAGAAAGGAAACCUACUUAACUAUUUUUUGCCUGUAAUGGUUCACACUGGAGUGCUACAUGUAGCCUUUUGUGCAAAUCGUCCAUUAACACUGGAUGCAAAAUGUUGAAUUUACAGUCCAAAUGAAUCAAAACUGUCUGUCUCAGUCAAAGCGUGUUAGAGCUCUGAAUGUUAAAGUGUAAUGUGCUUAUGUGGAUGUUGUAUAUGUGGUGGAUUUGAAUAGCAAACUGCAAAUCGAAUGUAUACGUAUAUUGUAUGUAUGUAUGUAUGUUACAAGUUAAAAGUGUCUUUUGAAUACAUGGUGGCACGUGAUUCAACAGUAGCCAUGCGUUUCAAAUCACUAAUCACUAAUGUGAAUGUCAACAUUCAGUUUUCAAAUGAUUCAGAUUAUUUUCUCACUCAUCAUCAACGGGUAACAUGAUUUGGCAAGUCAUGGCUUCAACAGAAUAAACAUAAUUUCUGUUUGUCAGUA